AUGAAUUUAAGUGACAGUGGAAAAAUAUUGAGCACUAUGGAUCCUGAUCAUAAAAACGGUUUAAAAGAUAUGCUCUUAUUUCUAUUUGUCUAUGGUAUCACAGUUUUACCAAUCUUCGUGAUUUAUUCAAAAGUGUACAAACUGAAUAAAUCGCGAGACCAGGAAACUGCAAUUUUUCAAAUUAUUGACCAUUUUCACGUAAUUAACAAAUAUCUGACUACGGCAUUUUGGUGCUUGAUGCCACUCGGAAUUUUGUUAUACUUCUACAAACAUGAAAAUAUGACUAUUCUUCUUAUCAUGAUCAGUGUUGUACCAUUUGCAUGUGUAACAGAAGUCAACCAAUUUCUACUGGGAUUAUUGGCAAUUCAACGAUUUUUCAUUUAUUUCUAUCCGAGUACCGAGAAAUACUUGAACUUUUCAAAAAGAACUAUGAAGUGGAUUUUAAUAAUUGCUUAUUCCAUUUCAGUUUUGGAAUUGGUACAUGUAUUUAAAAACGAGGAUUAUUCAAUUAGCUACGUAUAUAAUGGUUCUAUCCAGGUAUUUUUAACUGCAUCUGCUUUAUUAUACAUUCCAAUUUUAAUUAGUAUCAGUAAACUGACAAAUUUGGCAUCUGCAAAAGUCAAUAGACCUCAAAUAUAUGUUGCAUUGCAAUUGGUAGUUGUUGUAGCAAAACAAAUGGUUUUCCUAACAAUUGCUCUAAUAUUUGUAAUCACGACUAAAGCCAAUGAAACUGUUGAUUCGAAGUAUAUGUCACUUGAAUGGGCAUUUGGUCUUACAAAAGUUAUCGACACGUUUUUAAUGCCAACAAUUACUCAAAUCACUUAUCUUGGAUGUAAUAGGAGAAAUGUGAUGACUUUAUGGAAAUCGCUGAAACCGAAUUGUUGUAAAUCAAAUGCAGUGGACCCGAAUGUUCCUUUAAACUAUAUGGAGAAUAUGGAAACAACUCAGCAAUGA